AUGCCGCCGAAGAGGAAGGCUCAAGGAGCCGUCACCGGCAGCCUCAAGGCAGGAAAGGGCUCGGCGGUGUCCACGCCAGGGGGCGCUACCCCCAACAGGAGCGUCGCUAGUGAUAAUGAAUCCUCCGUGGUAGAUCCCAUCAGCGAAUCCGAAGAUGAGAACCUCGAGAAGAAUGUCGACAAGUUCUCCGUCGACGCCUACCUCGACAGACCAAAAGCAAAUGGACAAGAGUCCAUGUCGGCGCUGUUCAAGAAGAAGCGCGACUUCUCGUGGCUCCAGAUGAAACCCGACUCCACGAACCGCCCUCUCUACAUCGACCCAGCAAAGGGGCGCAUCUUCUUGGAGAGCUUCAACCCGCUUGCCGAGCAGGCGCAGGAUUUCUUGAUCACCAUCGCCGAACCGAUUUCGCGACCGUCCUUCAUACACGAAUAUGCCCUCACGACACACAGUUUGUACGCUGCCGUGUCGGUUGGCUUGUCUCCUGGCGACAUCAUCAACACCCUGGACCGCUUCUUGAAGAUGCCUUUACCGGAAAGCAUUCGCAAGUUUAUCGAAGGCUGCACACAAAGUUUCGGCAAAGUCAAGUUGGUGCUGAAGAACACUAAAUACUUUGUCGAGAGUACCGAUCCGGUGAUUCUGCAGAAGCUUCUGAAGGAUCCAGUCAUUGGACCUCUGCGAGUUCACGGAAACGAAGAGAUCACAACAACGGCUGCUCCUAAGCAGGGGCCCCUGGUCAUUCCAGGCACCGCUAACGCCGCAGGUGUACGACAGGCCGAGGAGCAGAAGGCUAAGGGUCGAGAGGGUGAUGCUCAAGCUCAGGAUAGCGAAGUCUACGCAGCGUUGAACGACGACGACGACGAUGACCAGGAAAUUACCCAUGCUUUCGAAAUCUCGGACGAUGCGGUGGAGACGGUACAGAAGCGAUGUCUUGAACUGGAAUACCCGGUGCUGGAGGAAUACGACUUCCGCAGAGACGAAGCCAACCCGAAUCUGGAGAUUGACUUGAGACCUGGCACGCUGAUUCGACCGUACCAAGAAAAGAGUCUGUCCAAGAUGUUUGGAAACGGCCGAGCAAAGAGUGGUUUGAUCGUCCUUCCCUGCGGUGCUGGAAAAACGCUUGUCGGAAUCACGGCAGCUUGCACUGUGAAGAAGGGUGUCAUUGUCCUCUGCACUAGCUCCAUGUCGGUUGUGCAAUGGCGAAACGAGUUCCUCAAGUGGUCAAAUAUCAAGCCGGAGGAUAUUCAAGCCUUUACAUCCGACAACAAGGGCGCGAUUUUCCCUGGUAACACGGGUAUCAUCGUUACUACUUACUCCAUGGUGACGCAAACUAGAGAGAGGUCUCACGAGGCGAAGAAGAUGAUGGAUUUCCUUCAGACCCGAGAAUGGGGUCUAAUGCUUCUCGACGAGGUUCACGUUGUGCCUGCUAAUAUCUUCCGCAAGGUCACGUCGUCUAUCAAGACGCAUUCCAAACUAGGACUUACUGCCACACUUCUUCGUGAGGAUGACAAGAUUUCGGAUUUGAACUUCCUCAUCGGACCCAAGCUGUACGAGGCCAACUGGAUGGAGCUGUCCGAACAGGGACACAUUGCCAAAGUGCAGUGCGCUGAAGUUUGGUGCCCAAUGACCGCGGAAUUCUACGACGAGUACCUCAAGGCCUCGGCGCGCAAGAGAGCGUUGCUUUACAUCAUGAAUCCUCGCAAGUUUCAGGCUGCUCAGUAUCUCAUCAACUAUCACGAGUCGCGCGGAGACAAGAUUAUUGUCUUCUCGGACAACGUCUACGCAUUGAAGAUGUAUGCCGAGAAGCUCCAGAAGGUGUACAUCUACGGAGGUACAGGUCAGGCCGAGCGCAUGAAUAUUCUUCAGAACUUCCAGCACAACCCGCAAGUUAACACUCUUUUCCUUUCAAAAAUUGGAGACACGUCCCUCGACUUGCCCGAGGCCACUUGCCUCAUCCAGAUCUCGUCGCACUACGGUUCCCGUCGUCAAGAGGCGCAGCGUCUCGGCCGUAUUCUCCGAGCCAAGAAGAGAAACGAGGAGGGCUUCAACGCCUUCUUCUACUCCCUCGUCUCUAAGGACACACAGGAGAUGUAUUAUUCCUCCAAGAGACAGGCUUUCCUCGUCGACCAGGGCUACGCUUUCAAGGUGAUCACACAACUCGCCAACAUUGAGAAGACACCUGGCCUCGCAUAUGCGGCUGCGAGUGAGAGACGCGAACUGUUGCAGAAGGUGCUGAUCGAGAACGAGGCCGGCGGCGAGGACGAAGUUAUCGAUGACUUGUUCCAUAGCGGCAACAUGGGUCGUGCCCCGGCCAGAGGCAAGAAGAAGGCGGCGGCGCGGAGGACAGCAGGUCUGUUGGGAGAUCUCUCUGGUGGCCAGGACAUGGCGUAUAUGGAGCAGAACAAGAGGGUCAAGCUCAAGAAGGCCAAGGCCGAGAGCAGCACCUUCUUCAAGAAGAUCCAGAGGGAGAAAGCUAAGCGCUAA